GAUCCUCUUUCCGUCAAUCCAUGGCGAUCGCCUCUCUACCCAAACGUAAACCUCCAAAGACAAGAUCAGAUACUCUUAUCCAAAAGCUCUACCACAAUCCCAAAACACUCUUUGCUUUGGCUGUGUUUAUCGCCGAUGCCGUCCUUACCSCCCUCAUCAUCGCUUAUGUUCCUUGUGAGGAGUCAAUUUUAGCCUUUUCCUUUGGAACCCCCUUUGUUGUUCACAAAGAAGCUGCACUUGAUUUGGAUACCAUUCUAACUUCAAAAUUCAGAUACAUUCUAUAUUAUUUAUGAAAAUAUCAAGAUUUACGUUUUAUGCCAAGUGAUGCGAGUAGAUUAAUGUUGAUGAUUACAUUUGAAUGAAGUCUAUAUCAUUUUGCAUUUGGAAAUAAAAUGAUUUGACAUCAAAAUUCAAGUUGCAAUUUUUUUUAUGGGGGGUAUAAUUCUGGUUUUACUUGGRAAAUGGUAUGUGACCAAACAGGUUAAUGGAUUUAUGGAAGGAGAAAGAGAUUACAGCAAUCUGAAAGGGGACACAGGACCUUUGGUUUACCCUGCUGGAUUUCUUUAUAUAUACUCUGCCAUACAAUUUGUUACAGCAGGCCAGGUCUAUCCUGCCCAGGUUCUAUUUGGCUUUCUCUACAUUGUGAAUCUUGGAAUAAUGCUAUUCAUUUAUGUGAAGACUGAUGUGCUACCUUGGUGGGCUCUCACUUUGCUUUCUUUAUCUAAAAGAUUGCAUUCAAUCUUUGUGCUUCGUCUGUUCAAUGACUGUUUUGCUAUGACUCUUCUUCAUGCYUCUUUGAUUCCACUCCUUUAUCAGAAAUGGCAUCUGAGUUUGAUUAUUUUCAGUGCAGCUGUUUCAGUGAAGAUGAAUGUGCUUCUUUAUGCUCCACCUUUGUUCCUUCUCAUGCUUAAGGRUAUGGACAUUAUUGGGGUGAUAUCAGCUUUAGCAGGUGCAGCAUUAGUUCAGAUUCUCUUGGGCUUACCGUUUCUGUUGUCAUAUCCAAUUGCAUAUGUAUCUAGAGCCUUCAAUCUUGGACGUGUCUUUAUCCACUUCUGGUCCGUCAACUUCAAAUUUGUCCCUGAACCAAUUUUUGUGUCAAAGGAGUUCGCUCUCAUCUUACUAGUUGCUCAUCUCGGUCUUCUUACGAUUUUUGUGCAUUAUAGGUGGUGCAAACACGAAGGAGGGUUAUUCUCUUUCUUGCAUUCUAGAUUUCUUAAAAUGCAGCUCAAAACCGGCAUUACGAGUUCCUUGCCUCUUAAUAGAAGUUACAAUUCUCUCUCCGGACUAAAGCUUAAAAAAGAGYAUAUUGUUACAACCAUGUUUACCGGCAAUUUUAUUGGCAUUGUAUGUGCUCGGUCUUUGCACUAUCAGUUCUACUCCUGGUAUUUCUGUWGCUUACCAUAUCUUUUAUGGAGAACCCCUUUUCCAACCAUACUCCGGCUAUUGUUGUUUGCAGGGGUGGAGUUUUGUUGGAAUGUUUUCCCUUCUAACUUGUACUCCUCCAUUCUGCUUCUUUGGUUACAUAUAAUCAUCUUGUGGGGUCUGUGGAUGGCUCCCCCCGAAUAUCCAUACGAAAAGGACGCAGCACAGGUCGGAAAAAAGGCCAAAUGAAACACCAAACAUUCAUCUUGUUAAUGAUUGCCUAUUUCUUUGUUUAUGUUAUUGUUAAAAUGUGAGGAGAUUUGCUUUAGUUCCUAUCUAGUGAGAGUGUAACAGUCGCUUAAUUCAAUUGUUUGCACAUUGUACCUUACCUGAUCAACGGGUUUUUAGUUACAUUUUUCACAUAAUUAAAAAUUAGAAUGUAACAUGAUAACUUGUCAUUAAUUAUUGUACCAAACGAAACAUACUUGCUUGUAUUUGGAAAU